UCUGACAACCCCUGUGACAAGAGACCUCGGAACCAACCUCGAGGACACUUAGGAAACAUCCCGUGAACAGGAUCGUUCCUUAAUCCUUCGUAAGGAUGUUAACCGUGCUACCGGAGUCACGGUGCUGACGGUCAGACGCGCUCUGGGAAUCGGCGGGGAUCGGGCGGCGCGGUAAAGCUAAUCGGAAGAGUCGGUCGAACGAGCUCUGGCCUGAGCUAGACGCGUCUCCUGGUGCCGUGCACAAGGUAGUUCGCGUUAGAGAAAUUAACUCGGUGUGUCGGUGAAGGUUGCCCUCCCUCCCCCCGCGCCUCCCUGGUUAUCAUUGAACCGUGACAUUUUUCGCAAUCGGUGAAGAGGAACCAGAGAGUAGAGAGCUUAGCGAUCGGGGCGAAGGUAAGAGAUGUCCUCGAUGCCCAACGAUGCCGCAUCAAGGCACAACGUCGUCGAAGCUUAGUGCGUGCAAGGUGUACGCGCAGGGACACGCUGCAGAUCCUCCAAGGCUGUCACGUGCCCCUGAUAAAGCGGUAACGAUGCGAUUCCCGUGCACGAGGCACGUACGUCCAGGUGGGCCCUGAACACCGUUCGCUCCACUUUCUUCGUUCGCGUAUAUCGCGAACACGAUAACACAUUGGUCGUCAUUCUUGGCUGGCCCGUACCUGCUGCUCGACGUGUUCGCGGCCACGUGCGAGGACAAGCGAACAGUGAAGAGGUGGAGGAGGCGGAGAAGAAGCCGGUGGUGGUGGAGGUGGUGGUGAUCGAGGAAGGAGCAACUAGCUCCGAUUCCUCAAUCGUCCAAACAUGAGACGUUGGACCCUCAUGGCGGCUAUAGCCCUGGCUGCAUCGGGGCUGGUAAAUGGCGGUUCUCACGAGAAACGGCUGCUAACUCACCUGCUGGAUUCAUACAACGUGCUGGAGCGUCCGGUUGGCAAUGAGUCCGACCCCCUCGUAUUGAGCUUUGGCCUUACGCUAAUGCAAAUAAUCGACGUUGAUGAAAAGAACCAGCUGCUCAUUACAAAUCUUUGGUUAAAAUUGGAAUGGAAUGAUGUGAACAUGCGAUGGAACGUGUCGGAUUACGGGGGAGUACGAGACCUUAGGAUUCCGCCGCAUAGACUUUGGAAGCCUGAUGUUCUCAUGUAUAACAGCGCCGACGAAGGGUUCGACGGUACUUAUCCGACGAACGUCGUCGUCAAGAACAAUGGAACUUGCUUGUACGUACCACCAGGUAUAUUCAAGAGCACUUGCAAGAUAGACAUUACCUGGUUUCCAUUCGACGAUCAACGGUGCGAGAUGAAAUUCGGUUCCUGGACAUACGACGGCUUUCAGUUGGACCUGCAACUGCAAGACGAGUCCGGAGGUGACAUUAGCAGUUUCAUCACUAACGGCGAGUGGGAUCUGUUAGGGGUACCUGGUAAACGAAACGAAAUUUAUUAUAAUUGCUGCCCGGAACCGUACAUAGAUAUCACGUUCGUGGUAAUCAUAAGAAGGCGGACUCUUUACUAUUUCUUCAACCUGAUCGUGCCAUGCGUACUGAUUGCCAGCAUGGCCGUUUUGGGAUUCACCUUGCCACCUGAUUCUGGCGAGAAGCUCUCUCUAGGGGUAACCAUUCUCUUGUCCCUCACUGUGUUCCUGAAUAUGGUGGCCGAGACAAUGCCAGCUACGUCGGACGCCGUGCCUUUGUUGGGUACAUACUUCAACUGUAUUAUGUUCAUGGUGGCCAGCAGUGUUGUCAGCACCAUCCUCAUUUUGAAUUAUCAUCAUCGGAAUUCUGACACUCAUGAAAUGUCCGAAUGGGUGAAAGUGGUAUUCCUUUAUUGGCUGCCUUGUAUACUACGUAUGUCACGACCGACUGAUAAAGAAGAGAAAGAGGCUCAGAAGUCUCAGAAACCGUCUCCAGUCACCGGUAAUUUAGUGACACGAAAAAGCAUCGACACAAGUACUAGCAAGACAUAUGGUGAUCUGGAGCUUCAUCAAAGGAGCAGCAAAUCCCUCCUAGCAAAUGUCCUGGACCUCGAGGACAAUGCAUUGGCAUCCCACAACAACCUUCUGAAUAAUGUGUACAGUACUCCUGGUCCACAUCAUCAUACGAUGGGCCACGGGCAUAGUCACAUACACACGACACCCCAUCACCAUCAUAGCCAUGCUACGACGCCGCAUCAUCAACAUUCAACGCCAUUGGCACACUCCUCUUACCCGGGGUCACAUCAGAUCGGUCACACGCCGCAUCAUCAUCAACAUCCACCUGAGGCGCCUGGUCCCCAGGUUGAAACGAUACUUCAAAACGCGUGUUUCUGUGCCCGAUACGAGCUCAUCCUGAUCCUCAAAGAGAUUAAGAUAAUCACGGAUCAGCUGAAAUCGGAGGAGCUGAACUCGAAGGUGACGAACGACUGGAAGUUCGCGGCGAUGGUGAUCGACAGAAUGUGCCUAAUCAUUUUUACUCUGUUCACCAUCAUCGCUACCAUCACCGUCCUAAUGUCGGCGCCGCACAUCAUCGUUACGUGAUUCAGAAAAGCUCAGCCUGCCGGCGGUAGGUCGGAGGUAGACGAGGAUGAUCGUGCAGUGGCAAGGCAUUUCGGUGCUGACGACGACGAACCUGAAGACUCCAACCUCGUGCGCAUCGAACGAUACGGAUGCGAUACGAUUCACCUAACGAUGACGUUAACACGUACGAACGUCCAGCUAGAGGUUGCGCUUCAAAGUCAUUUAGUCGCCUGUUAUCAGGUGAUCUGCACCGCGAUAGGAAGCAAACUAUACGAGGAUUAUGCUCUUCGUAUUCUUUACGAUAUAUAAGAUAUAUCUCAUCAUGUAGGUCAUUCGAAGAGGACGCCUUAGCGAGACACGUUGAAAACGCGCCUGCACCACGGCGCCAACGGACACACACACGCACAUCUACCAACACGUACAUACACGCAUACACGUAUGUGCAACUAUGGCAGUUGACCUGAUCGCUCUGGAACGCGCAGGAUUGCCUGGAAUUAUCUUUCCUUUUUCUUCUUCGCAAUUUGGACGAUCUUUCUGGACGGUGAAUAGAAGGUAGAGUGAAUUUUAAGUUUUUUUUUUUUUUUAUGGUGGAGGUUUUUGAGGAUUUUGAUACUGUGAUUACCGUCAGGUAGAUAUUUUUAAUCAUUUUCAUUUAGAAAUUAUAAGAUUGUUAAUGAUGGUAAUUAUGGUAUUGAAAUU